UAAACAACAACGUUACUUGAAAAAGUUCGCUCGAACAUGAAGCAUUUCGUGAUUUUUCUGCUAUUUGCAGCCACCCACCAACAAAGUCCUCAGGUCACCACCCCCCUUGGAGACAUCGUGGGCUCGCUAUUAACAACACGUCUCAACAAAACCAUUUAUGCCUUCAGAGGUAUACGAUAUGCCCAGGCACCCGUUGGGGAGCUACGAUUCAAGCCCCCGGUGCCUGUCGAAAAAUGGUCAACUGUGUACAACGCCACCACCGACGGUCCAGUCUGCCCCCAACCCAGCGACGACCCAAUUUCCGAAGACUGUCUCCUCCUCAAUGUUUACACCACACAACUGCCAGAUGGUGGUACCAAUCCUAAGCGACCAGUCAUCGUUUUUAUCCAUGCUGGUGGUUUUUACAGUGGUACAGGUCGUAGUGACUGGGCAGGGUCACAGUACUUCCUUGACCAAGACAUAGUACUAGUUACGAUUAAUUAUCGUUUGGGUUCUUUAGGUUUUAUGAGUACCGGCGAGGACGUACCGGGGAAUAACGGUCUGAAAGAUCAGGUAGUGGCAUUAAAAUGGGUUCGUGAUAAUAUUGGGGCUUUCGGCGGGGAUUGUGACUCUGUUACGUUGUUUGGGUACAGUGCAGGGGCUUGGAGUAUCAGUUUGCAUUUAGUUUCACCCAUGUCCCAGGGGUUGUUCCAUAAAGCUAUCCUGGGGAGUGGAUCGGCGAUUGGUCAAUUCGACUUACCCCGUAAUCAGCUGGACUUGGCAAAAAAGCAGGCCCGCUUUGUCGGGUGUCCUGAUAAUGGUACGGUCAACGACAUGGUCGCUUGCUUGAAAAAAGUACCAGCUGAGACACUCGGGAAUACUUUGCCAAGAUUUUCCGAGUUCAAUUAUGACCCCAUUAUUAUUUGGUACCCAGUAAUCGAAGACGACUACGGUCAAGAGCGCUUCCUGUCCGACGACCCCGUCGCUCUUUUCCAAAAGGGCAACUUUUCCAACAUCCCCAUCGUCACAGGAAUAACCCUCCAAGAAUUCGGCUACGAAGCCUUCGAUAUAGUAAACAACGCAACUUUGCUAAGUCUUCUUAAUAACGACUUCGAAACGUACGCCCCGAUCGCUUUUCUUUACGAACGGGGGACAGCAAAGUCCAGGAACAUCAGUGCGGCCCUCAGGAAAUUCUACCUGUGCGACCAACCCCUAACAAACGCAUCCCUUUCAGGACUAUCACAAAUCUACGCCGACUCAAUCAUCGGAUAUCCUGUCAACAAGCUCGCGAAUCUAAUAUCGGAAAAAAGUUCGCAGAAAGUUUAUUAUUACGAAUUUACAUACAAGGGGCGCUAUAGCCACUUCGUUCUUCCAGGAACUAACGAGACUUGGGGCCCCGUCCACCACGACGAUCUAAUUUAUCUCUUUUAUAUUUUACCUUUGUUUCCUUUCUUUAACGAGGAUUAUCCGGAGAGGGAAAUGGUCGAGAAGCUAACUCUGUUAUGGACUACUUUCGCCAAAACCGGUAAACCGAUCGCGGGGGUUGAGUGGGAGGGGUAUAAUGCGUCGACGAGGAAGUAUCUGGAGAUUGGGGAAGAACUGAGCGUCAAGGAGGGGCUGCAUCGGGAGAGAUACGAGUUCUGGGACAGUCUUUAAGUCAAUAAAUUGUAUCGACUUAGUCUGUAUAUUUUAUUAGAAUAAAGUUAAAUUGUAAUGUAAAA